UUCAACCUUAGGGUCGUGCACCGUCUGAACCGCACCGGGUUCGAGACCUCGAAAGAGUUCCCCGCGCGAGUGGGCGUGGUCGUCGCGGGUCGGUACCAGCUCACGGACCAUCUCGGCUCCGCGGCGUUUUCCACCGCGUUGCGAGCGCGCGAUCUCGUCACCGGCGAGUGCGUGUGCGUGAAGAUCAUCAAGAACAACAAGGACUACUUCGAUCAGUCGUUGGACGAGGUCAAGCUGUUGACCGUGGUGAACGACGCGGACCCGGAAGACGCGAAAGGGAUCCUGCGGAUGUACGAUUACUUCUACCAUCGCGAGCAUCUGUUCAUCGUCACGGAGCUCCUCCGUUCGAACCUGUACGAGUUCCAGAAGCACAACGUCGAGGCGGAAACGGAGCCGUACUUCACGCUCAAGACGCUGCGAUCGAUCGCGCGGCAGAUAUUAACCUCGCUGGAGUUCCUCCACGGCUUGGACAUCAUCCACGCGGACCUCAAACCCGAGAACGUCUUGAUUCGCUCGUACACGAACCAGACGGUGAAAGUCAUCGACCUGGGGUCGAGUUGCUACGUCACCGACCACCUGUCGUCGUACGUCCAGUCGCGGUCGUACCGCGCCCCCGAGGUGAUCGUCGGCGCGCCGUACGGCGUGAAGAUCGACGUGUGGAGCCUCGGGUGCGUCUUGGCCGAGCUGUACACCGGAGAGGUGUUAUUCCAGAACGACGGCGUCGCGUCCAUGUUGGCGCGAUGCGUCGGCGUCCUCGGCCCGUUCGACCCCGCGCUGCUCCGACGCGGCCGCCACGCCGCGAAGUUCUUCACGAAGAGCGGGUUGAUCUACGAGCGCGACGAACGGAGCGGGGAACUGCGCGUGUUCGAGCCGAAGCGCACGACGCUGCGCGCGCGUCUGGGGUUCGCGACGAAAAGGGAAGGCGGCUUCGUCGAUUUUUUGCUCGCGUUGCUGCGGCCCAAUCCGGACGCGCGGCUCAGGUGCGUCCCGUACACUGGUCCCCGUACGACCGCGUUGGCGUGGUGA